AUGGAAUCAGGGAGAAGGGGAUGGAAUCUGGGAGAAGGGGAUGGAAUCUGGGAGAAGGGGAUGGAAUAUGGGAGAAGGGGAUGGAAUCUGGGAGAAGGGGAUGGAAUCUGGGAAAAGGGGAUAGAAUCAGGGAGAAGGGGAUGUAAUCUGGGAGAAGGGGAUGGAAUCUGGGAGAAGGGGAUGGAAUCUGGGAGAAGGGGAUGGAAUCUGGGAGAAGGGGAUGGAAUCUGGAAGAAGGGGAUGGAAUUUGGGAGAAGGGGAUGGAAUCUGGGAGAAGGGGAUGGAAUCUGGAAGAAGGGGGUGGAAUCUGGGAGAAGGGGAUGGAAUGAGGGAGAAGGGGAUGGAAUCGGGGAGAAGGGGAUGGAGUCAGGGAGAAGGGGAUGGAAUCUGGGAGAAGGGGAUGGAAUCUGGGAGAAGGGGAUGGAAUCUGGGAGAAGGGGAUGGAAUCUGGGAGAUGGGGAUGGAGUCUGGGAGAAGGGGAUGGAAUUUGGGAGAAGGGGAUGGAAUCUGGGAGAAGGGGAUGGAAUCAGGGAGAAGGGGAUGGAAUCUGGGAGAAGGGGAUGGAAUCUGGGAGAAGGGCAUGGAAUCUGGGAGAAGGGGAUGGAAUCUGUGAGAAGGGGAUGGAAUCUGGGAGAAGGGGAUGGAAUAUGGGAGAAGGGGAUGGAAUCUAGGAGAAGGGGAUGGAAUGAGGGAAAAGGGGAUGGAAUCUGGGAGAAGGGGAUGGAAUCCGGGAGAAGGGGAUGGAAUCGGGGAGAAGGGGAUGGAAUUAGGGAGGAGGGGAUGGAAGCUGGGAGAAGGGGAUGGAAUCUGGGAGAAGGGGAUGGAAUCUGGGAGAAGGGGAUGGAAUCUGGGAGAAGGGGAUGGAAUCUGGGAGAAGGGGCUGGAAUCUGGGAGAAGGGGAUGGAAUCUAGGAGACGGGGAUGGAAUCUGGGAGAAGGGGAUGGAAUCUGGGAGAAGGGGAUGGAAUCUGGGAGAAGGGGAUGGAAUCUGGGAGAAGGGGAUGGAAUCAGGGAGAAGGGGAUGGAAUAUGGGAGAAGGGGAUGGAAUCGGGGAGAAGGGGAUGGAAUCAGGGAGAAGGGGAUGGAAUAUUCCAUCCCUUCUCCCAGAUUCCAUCCCCUUCUCCCAGAUUCCAUCCCCUUCUCCCAGAUUCCAUCCCCUUCUCCCAGAUUCCAUCCCCUUCUCCCAGAUUCCAUCCCCUUCUCCCAGAUUCCAUCCCCUUCUCCCAGAUUCUAUCCCCUUCUCCCAGAUUCCAUCCCCUUCUCCCAGAGUCCACCCCCUUCUCCCAGAUUUCAUCCCCUUCUCCCAGAUUCCACCCCCUUCUCCCAUAUUCCAUCCCCUUCUCCCACAUUCCAUCCCCUUCUCCCAGAUUCCAUCCCCUUCUCCCAUAUUCCAUCCCCUUCUCCCAUAUUCCAUCCCCUUCUGCCAGAUUCCAUCCCCUUCUCUCAGAUUCUCUCCCCUUCUCCCAGAUUCCAUCCCCUUCUCCCAGAUUCCAUCCCCUUCUCCCUGAUUCCAUCCCCUUCUCCGAGAUUCCAUCCCCUUCUCCCAGAUUCCAUCCCCUUCUCCCAGAUUCUAUCCCCUUCUCCUAGAUUCCAUCCCCUUCUCCCAGAUUCAACCCCCUUCUCCCACAUUCCAUCCCCUUCUCCCAGAUCCCAUCCCCUUCUCCUAGAUUCUAUCCCCUUCUCCCAGAUUCCAUCCCCUUCUCCCAGAUUCCAUCCCCUUCUCCCAGAUUCCAUCCCCUUCUCCCAAAUUCCAUCCCAUUCCAUCCCCUUCUCCCAGAUUCCAUCCCCUUCUCCGAGAUUCCAUCCCCUUCUCCCAGAUUCCAUCCCCUUCUCCCAGAUUCCAUCCCCUUCUCCCAGAUCCCAUCCCCUUCUCCCAGAUUCCAUCCCCUUCUCCCAGAUUCCAUCCCCUUCUCCCAGAUUCCAUCCCCUUCUCCCAUAUUCCAUCCCCUUCUCCCAGAUUCCAUCCCCUUCUCCCAGAUUCCAUCCCCUUCUCCCAGAUUCCAUCCCCUUCUCCCAUAUUCCAUCCCCUUCUCCCAGAUUCCAUACCCUUCUCCCUGAUUCCAUCCUCUUCUCCCGGAUCCCAUCCCCUUCUCCCAUAUUCCAUCCCCUUCUCGCAGAUUCCAUCCCCUUCUCCCAGAUUCCAUCCCCUUCUCCCAGAUUCCAUCCCCUUCUCCCAUAUUCCAUCCCCUUCUCCCAGAUUCCAUCCCCUUCUCCCAGAUUCCAUCCCCUUCUCCCAGAUUCCAUCUCCUUCUCCCAGAUUCCACCCCCUUCUCCCAGAUUCCAUCCCUCUCUCCCAGAUUCCACCCCCUUCUCCCAUUUUCCAUCCCCUUCUCCCAGAUUCCAUCCCCUUCUCCCUGAUAACAUCCCCUUCUCCCAGAUUCCAUCCCCUUCUCCCAGAUUCCAUCCCCUUCUCCCAGAUUCUAUCCCCUUCUCCCAGAUUCCAUCCCCUUCUCCCAGAGUCCACCCCCUUCUCCCAGAUUUCAUCCCCUUCUCCCAGAUUCCACCCCCUUCUCCCAUAUUCCAUCCCCUUCUCCCACAUUCCAUCCCCUUCUCCCAGAUUCCAUCCCCUUCUCCCAUAUUCCAUCCCCUUCUCCCAUAUUCCAUCCCCUUCUGCCAGAUUCCAUCCCCUUCUCCCAGAUUCUCUCCCCUUCUCCCAGAUUCCAUCCCCUUCUCCCAGAUUCCAUCCCCUUCUCGCAGAUUCCAUCCCCUCCUCCCAGAUUCCAUCCCCUUCUCCCAGAUUCCAUCCCCUUCUCCCUCAUUCUAUCCCCUUCUCCCAGAUUCCAUCCCCUUCUCCCAGAUUCCAUCCCCUUCUCCCAUACUCCAUCCCCUUCUCCCAGAUUCCAUCCCCUUCUCCCAGAUUCCAUCUCCUUCUCCCAGAUUCCAUCCCCUUCUCCCUGAUUCCAUCCCCUUCUCCCAGAUUCCAUCCCUUCUCCCAGAUUCCAUCCCCUUCUCCCAGAUUCCAUCCCCCUCUCCCAGAUUCCAUCCCCUUCUCCUAGAUUCCAUCCCCUUCUCCGAGAUUUCAUCCCCUUCUCCCAGAUUCCACCCCCUUCUCCCACAUUCCAUCCCCUUCUCUCAGAUCCCAUCCCCUUCUCCUAGAUUCCAUCCCCUUCUCCCAGAUUCCAUCCCCUUCUCCCAGAUUCCAUCCCCUUCUCCCAGAUUCCAUACCCUUCUCCCAAAUUCCAUCCCCUUCUCCCAGAUUCCAUCCCCUUCUCCCAUAUUCCAUCCCCUUCUCCCAGAUUCCAUCCCCUUCUCCUCGAUUCCAUCCUCUUCUCCCUCGUUCCAUCCCCUUCUCCCCGAUUCCAUCCCCUUCUCCCAGAUUCAAUCCCCUUCUCCCCGAUUCCACCCCCUUCUCCCAGAUUCCAUCCCCUUCUCCCAUAUUCCAUCCCCUUCUCCCCGAUUCCAUCCCCUUCUCCCAAAUUCCAUCCCCUUCUCCGAGAUUCCAUCCCCUUCUCCCAGAUUCCAUCCCCUUCUCCCAUAUUCCAUCCCCUUCUCUCAGAUUCCAUCCCCUUUUCCCAGAUUCGAUCCCCUUCUCCCAGAUUCCAUCCCCUUCUCCCAGAUUCCAUCCCCUUUUCCCUCAUUCCAUCCCCUUCUCCCAGAUUCCAUCCCCUUCUCCCAGAUUCCAUCCUUCUCCCAGAUUCCAUCCCGUUCUCCCAUAUUCUAUCCCCUUCUCCCAGAUUCCAUCCCCUUCUCCAUCAUUCCAUCCCCUUCUCCCAGAUUCUAUUCCAUCCUCUUCUCCCUCAUUCUAUAUCGUUCUCCCAUAUUCCAUCCCCUUCUUCCAGAUUCCACCCCCUUCUCCCAUAUUCCAUCCCCUUCUCCCCGAUUCCAUCCCUCUCUCCCAGAUUCCACCCCCUUCUCCCAGAUUCCAUCCCCUUCUCCCAGAUUCCAUCCCCUUCUCCCUGAUUCCAUCCCCUUCUCCCAGAUUUCAUCCCCUUCUCCCAGAUUCCAUCCCUCUCUCCCAGAUUCCACCCCCUUCUCCCAGAUUCCAUCCCCUUCUCCCAGAUUCUAUCCCCUUCUCCUAGCUUCCAUCCCCUUCUCCCAGAGUCCACCCCCUUCUCCCAGAUUUCAUCCCCUUCUCCCAGAUUCCAUCCCCUUCUCCCAGAUUCCAUCCCUUCUCCUAGAUUCCAUCCCCUUCUCCCAGAUUUCAUCCCCUUCUCCCAGAUUCCACCCCCUUCUCCCACAUUCCAUCCCCUUCUCUCAGAUCCCAUCCCCUUCUCCUAGAUUCCAUCCCCUUCUCCCAGAUUCCAUCCCCUUCUCCCAGAUUCCAUCCCCUUCUCCGAGAUUCCAUACCCUCUCCCGAAUUCCAUCCCCUUCUCCCAGAUUCCAUCCCCUUCUCCCAUAUUCCAUCCCCUUCUCCCAGAUUCCAUCCCCUUCUCCUCGAUUCCAUCCCCUUCUCCCUCGUUCCAUUCCCUUCUCCCCGAUUCCAUCCCCUUCUCCCAGAUUCAAUCCCCUUCUCCUCGAUUCCACCCCCUUCUCCCAGAUUCCAUCCCCUUCUCCCAUAUUCCAUCCCCUUCUCCCCGAUUCCAUCCCCUUCUCCCAAAUUUCAUCCCCUUCUCCCAGAUUCCAUCCCCUUCUCCCAGAUUCCAUCCCCUUCUCCCAGAUUCCAUCCCCUUCUCCCAUAUUCCAUCCCCUUCUCUCAGAUUCCAUCCCCUUUUCCCAGAUUCCAUCCCCUUCUCCCAGAUUCCAUCCCCUUCUCCCUGAUUCCAUCCCCUUUUCCCUCAUUCCAUCCCCUUCUCCCAGAUUCCAUCCCCUUCUCCCAGAUUCCAUCCUUCUCCCAGAUUCCAUCCCCUUCUCCCAUAUUCUAUCCCCUUCUCCCAGAUUCCAUCCCCUUCUCCAUCAUUCCAUCCCCUUCUCCCAGAUUCUGUCCCCUUCUCCCAUAUUCCAUCCCCUUCUCCCAGAUUCCAUCCCCUUCUUCCAGAUUCCAUCCUCUUCUCCCUCAUUCCAUAUCGUUCUCCCAUAUUCCAUCCCCUUCUUCCAGAUUCCAUCCCCUUCUCCCAUAUUCCAUCCCCUUCUCCCCGAUUCCAUCCCUCUCUCCCAGAUUCCACCCCCUUCUCCCAGAUUCCAUCCCCUUCUCCCAGAUUCCAUCCCCUUCUCCCUGAUUCCAUCCCCUUCUCCCAGAUUCCAUCCCCUUCUCCCAGAUUCCAUCCCCUUCUCACAGAUUCUAUCCCCUUCUCCUAGAUUCCAUCCCCUUCUCCCAGAGUCCACCCCCUUCUCCCAGAUUUCAUCCCCUUCUCCCAGAUUCCAUCCCCUUCUCCCAGAUUCCAUCCCCUUCUCCCAGAUUCCAUCCCCUUCUCCCAGAUUCCAUCCCCUUCUCCCAGAUUCCAUCCCCUCCUCCGAGAUUCCAUCCCCUUAUUCCAUCCCCUUCUCCCAGAUUUCAUCCCCUUCUCCCAGAUUCCACCCCCUUCUCCCACAUUCCAUCCCCUUCUCCCAGAUCCCAUCCCCUUCUCCUAGAUUCCAUCCCCUUCUCCCAGAUUCCAUCCCCUUCUCCCAGAUUCCAUGCCCUUCUCCCAGAUUCCAUCCCCUUCUCCCAAAUUCCAUCACGUUCUCCCAGAUUCCAUCCCCUUCUCCCAUAUUCCAUCCCCUUCUCCCAGAUUCCAUCCCCUUCUCCCAGAUUCUAUCCCCUUCUCCCAGAUUCCAUCCCCUUCUCCAAGAUUCCAUCCCCUUCUCCCAGAUCCCAUCCCCUUCUCCUAGAUUCCAUCCCCUUCUCCCAGAUUCCAUCCCCUUCUCCCAGAUUCCAUCCCCUUCUCCCAUAUUCCAUCCCCUUCUCCCAGAUUCCAUCCCCUUCUCCCAGAUUCCAUCCCCUUCUCCCAGAUUCCAUCCCCUUCUCCCAGAUUCCAUCCCCUUCUCCCAGAUUCCAUCCCCUUCUCCCAUACUCCAUCCCCUUCUCCCAGAUUCCAUCCCCUUCUCCCAGAUUCCAUCUCCUUCUCCCAGAUUCCAUCCCCUUCUCCCUGAUUCCAUCCCCUUCUCCCAGAUUCCAUCCCUUCUCCCAGAUUCCAUCCCUUUCUCCCAGAUUCCAUCCCCCUCUCCCAGAUUCCAUCCCCUUCUCCUAGAUUCCAUCCCCUUCUCCGAGAUUUCAUCCCCUUCUCCCAGAUUCCACCCCCUUCUCCCACAUUCCAUCCCCUUCUCUCAGAUCCCAUCCCCUUCUCCUAGAUUCCAUCCCCUUCUCCCAGAUUCCAUCCCCUUCUCCCAGAUUCCAUCCCCUUCUCCCAGAUUCCAUACCCUUCUCCCAAAUUCCAUCCCCUUCUCCCAGAUUCCAUCCCCUUCUCCCAUAUUCCAUCCCCUUCUCCCAGAUUCCAUCCCCUUCUCCUCGAUUCCAUCCUCUUCUCCCUCGUUCCAUCCCCUUCUCCCCGAUUCCAUCCCCUUCUCCCAGAUUCAAUCCCCUUCUCCCCGAUUCCACCCCCUUCUCCCAGAUUCCAUCCCCUUCUCCCAUAUUCCAUCCCCUUCUCCCCGAUUCCAUCCCCUUCUCCCAAAUUCCAUCCCCUUCUCCGAGAUUCCAUCCCCUUCUCCCAGAUUCCAUCCCCUUCUCCCAUAUUCCAUCCCCUUCUCUCAGAUUCCAUCCCCUUUUCCCAGAUUCGAUCCCCUUCUCCCAGAUUCCAUCCCCUUCUCCCAGAUUCCAUCCCCUUUUCCCUCAUUCCAUCCCCUUCUCCCAGAUUCCAUCCCCUUCUCCCAGAUUCCAUCCUUCUCCCAGAUUCCAUCCCCUUCUCCCAUAUUCUAUCCCCUUCUCCCAGAUUCCAUCCCCUUCUCCAUCAUUCCAUCCCCUUCUCCCAGAUUCUAUUCCAUCCUCUUCUCCCUCAUUCUAUAUCGUUCUCCCAUAUUCCAUCCCCUUCUUCCAGAUUCCACCCCCUUCUCCCAUAUUCCAUCCCCUUCUCCCCGAUUCCAUCCCUCUCUCCCAGAUUCCACCCCCUUCUCCCAGAUUCCAUCCCCUUCUCCCAGAUUCCAUCCCCUUCUCCCUGAUUCCAUCCCCUUCUCCCAGAUUUCAUCCCCUUCUCCCAGAUUCCAUCCCUCUCUCCCAGAUUCCACCCCCUUCUCCCAGAUUCCAUCCCCUUCUCCCAGAUUCUAUCCCCUUCUCCUAGCUUCCAUCCCCUUCUCCCAGAGUCCACCCCCUUCUCCCAGAUUUCAUCCCCUUCUCCCAGAUUCCAUCCCCUUCUCCCAGAUUCCAUCCCUUCUCCUAGAUUCCAUCCCCUUCUCCCAGAUUUCAUCCCCUUCUCCCAGAUUCCACCCCCUUCUCCCACAUUCCAUCCCCUUCUCUCAGAUCCCAUCCCCUUCUCCUAGAUUCCAUCCCCUUCUCCCAGAUUCCAUCCCCUUCUCCCAGAUUCCAUCCCCUUCUCCGAGAUUCCAUACCCUCUCCCGAAUUCCAUCCCCUUCUCCCAGAUUCCAUCCCCUUCUCCCAUAUUCCAUCCCCUUCUCCCAGAUUCCAUCCCCUUCUCCUCGAUUCCAUCCCCUUCUCCCUCGUUCCAUUCCCUUCUCCCCGAUUCCAUCCCCUUCUCCCAGAUUCAAUCCCCUUCUCCUCGAUUCCACCCCCUUCUCCCAGAUUCCAUCCCCUUCUCCCAUAUUCCAUCCCCUUCUCCCCGAUUCCAUCCCCUUCUCCCAAAUUUCAUCCCCUUCUCCCAGAUUCCAUCCCCUUCUCCCAGAUUCCAUCCCCUUCUCCCAGAUUCCAUCCCCUUCUCCCAUAUUCCAUCCCCUUCUCUCAGAUUCCAUCCCCUUUUCCCAGAUUCCAUCCCCUUCUCCCAGAUUCCAUCCCCUUCUCCCUGAUUCCAUCCCCUUUUCCCUCAUUCCAUCCCCUUCUCCCAGAUUCCAUCCCCUUCUCCCAGAUUCCAUCCUUCUCCCAGAUUCCAUCCCCUUCUCCCAUAUUCUAUCCCCUUCUCCCAGAUUCCAUCCCCUUCUCCAUCAUUCCAUCCCCUUCUCCCAGAUUCUGUCCCCUUCUCCCAUAUUCCAUCCCCUUCUCCCAGAUUCCAUCCCCUUCUUCCAGAUUCCAUCCUCUUCUCCCUCAUUCCAUAUCGUUCUCCCAUAUUCCAUCCCCUUCUUCCAGAUUCCAUCCCCUUCUCCCAUAUUCCAUCCCCUUCUCCCCGAUUCCAUCCCUCUCUCCCAGAUUCCACCCCCUUCUCCCAGAUUCCAUCCCCUUCUCCCAGAUUCCAUCCCCUUCUCCCUGAUUCCAUCCCCUUCUCCCAGAUUCCAUCCCCUUCUCCCAGAUUCCAUCCCCUUCUCACAGAUUCUAUCCCCUUCUCCUAGAUUCCAUCCCCUUCUCCCAGAGUCCACCCCCUUCUCCCAGAUUUCAUCCCCUUCUCCCAGAUUCCAUCCCCUUCUCCCAGAUUCCAUCCCCUUCUCCCAGAUUCCAUCCCCUUCUCCCAGAUUCCAUCCCCUUCUCCCAGAUUCCAUCCCCUCCUCCGAGAUUCCAUCCCCUUAUUCCAUCCCCUUCUCCCAGAUUUCAUCCCCUUCUCCCAGAUUCCACCCCCUUCUCCCACAUUCCAUCCCCUUCUCCCAGAUCCCAUCCCCUUCUCCUAGAUUCCAUCCCCUUCUCCCAGAUUCCAUCCCCUUCUCCCAGAUUCCAUGCCCUUCUCCCAGAUUCCAUCCCCUUCUCCCAAAUUCCAUCACAUUCCAUCCCCUUCUCCCAGAUUCUAUCCCCUUCUCCCAGAUUCCAUCCCCUUCUUCCAGAUUCCACCCCCUUCUCCCGGAUUCCAUCCCCUUCUCUCAGAUUCCAUCCCCUCCUCCCAGAUUCCAUCCCCUUCUCCCAGAUUCUAUCCCCUUCUCCCAGAUUCCAUCCCCUUCUCCCAUAUUCCAUCCCCUUCUCCCAGAUCCCAUCCCCUUCUCCCAGAUUCCAUCCCCUUCUCCCACAUUCCAUCCCCUUCUCCCUGAUUCCAUCCCCUUCUCCCAUAUUCCAUCCCCUUCUUCCAGAUUCCAUCCCCUUCUCCCAUAUUCCAUCCCCUUCUCCCAGAUUCCAUCCCCUUCUCCCAUAUUCCAUCCCCUUCUCCCAGAUUCUAUACCCUUCUCCCUGAUUCCAUCCUCUUCUCCCAGAUCCCAUCCCUUUCUCCCAUAUUCCAUCCCCUUCUCGCAAUUUCAUCCCCUUCUCCUAGAUUCCAUCCCCUUCUCCCAGAUUCCAUCCCCUUCUCCCAGAUUCCAUCCCCUUUUCCCUCAUUCCAUCCCCUUCUCCCAGAUUCCAUCCCCUUCUCCCAGAUUCCAUCCCUCUCCCAGAUUCCAUCCCCUUCUCCCAUAUUCUAUCCCCUUCUCCCAGAUUCCAUCCCCUUCUCCAUCAUUCCAUCCCCUUCUACCAGAUUCUGUCCCCUUCUCCCAGAUUCCAUCCCCUUCUCCCAGAUUCCAUCCCCUUCUUCCAGAUUCCAUCCUCUUCUCCCUCAUUCCAUAUUGUUCUCCCAUAUUCCAUCCCCUUCUUCCAGAUUCCAUCCCCUUCUCCCAUAUUCCAUCCCCUUCUCCCCGAUUCCAUCCCUCUCUCCCAGAUUCCACCCCCUUCUCCCAGAUUCCAUCCCCUUCUCCCAGGUUCCAUCCCCUUCUCCCUGAUUCCAUCCCCUUCUCCCAGAUUCCAUCCCCUUCUCCCAGAUUCCAUCCCCUUCUCCCAGAUUCUAUCCUCUUCUCCCAGAUUCCAUCCCCUUCUCCCAGAGUCCACCCCCUUCUCCCAGAUUUCAUCCCCUUCUCCCAGAUUCCAUCCCCUUCUCUCAGAUUCCAUCCCCUUCUCCCAGAUUCCAUCCCCUUCUCCCAGAUUCCAUCCCCUUCUACCAGAUUCCAUCCCCUCCUCCCAGAUUCCAUCCCCUUCUCCCAGAUUCCAUCCCCUUCUCCCUCAUUCUAUCCCCUUCUCCCAGAUUCCAUCCCCUUCUCCCAGAUUCCAUCCCCUUCUCCCAGAUUCCAUCUCCUUCUCCUAGAUUCCAUCCCCUUCUCCCAGAUUUCAUCCCCUUCUCCCAGAUUCCACCCCCUUCUCCCACAUUCCAUCCCCUUCUCCCAGAUCCCAUCCCCUUCUCCUAGAUUCCAUCCCCUUCUCCCAGAUUCCAUCCCCUUCUCCCAGAUUCCAUCCCCUUCUCCCAGAUUCCAUCCCCUUCUCCCAAAUUCCAUCCCCUUCUCCCAGAUUCCAUCCCCUUCUCCCAUAUUCCAUCCCCUUCUCCCAGAUUCCAUCCCCUUCUCCCAGAUUCUAUCCCCUUCUCCCAGAUUCCAUCCCCUUCUCCCAGAUUCCAUCCCCUUCUCCCAGAUCCCAUCCCCUUCUCCCAGAUCCCAUCCCCUUCUCCCAGAUUCCAUCCCCUUCUCCCAGAUUCCAUCCCCUUCUCCCAUAUUCCAUCCCCUUCUCCCAGAUUCCAUCCCCUUCUCCCAGAUUCCAUCCCCUUCUCCCAUAUUCCAUCCCCUUCUCCCAGAUUCCAUACCCUUCUCCCUGAUUCCAUCCUCUUCUCCCGGAUCCCAUCCCCUUCUCCCAUAUUCCAUCCCCUUCUCGCAGAUUCCAUCCCCUUCUCCCAGAUUCCAUCCCCUUCUCCCUGAUUCCAUACCCUUCUCCCAGACUCCAUCCCUUCUCCCAGAUUCCAUCCCCUUCUCCCAGAUUCCAUCCCCUUCUCCCAGAUUCCAUCCCCUUCUCCCAGAUUCCAUCCCCUUUUCCCAGAUUCCAUCCCCUUCUCCCAGAUUCCAUCCCCUUCUCCCAGAUUCCAUCCCCUUCUCCCAGAUUCCACCCCCUUCUACCAGAUUCCAUCCCCUUCUCCCAGAUUCCAUCCCCUUCUCCCAGAUUCUAUCCCCUUCUCCAAGAUUCCACCCCCUUCUCACUGAUUCCAUCCCCUUCUCCCAGAUUCCAUCCCCUUCUCCCAGAUUCCAUCCCCUUCUCCCAGAUUCCAUCCCCUUCUCCCGGAUUCCAUCCCCUUCUCCCAGAUUCCAUACCCUUCUCCCAGAUUCCAUCCGCUUCUCCCGGAUCCCAUCCCCUUCUCCCAUAUUUCAUCCCCUUCUCGCAGAUUCCAUCCCCUUCUCCCAGAUUCCAUCCCCUUCUCCCAGAUUCCUUCCCCUUCUCCCAGAUUACAUCCCCUUCUUCCAGAUUCCACCCCCUUCUCCCAGAUUCCAUCCCCUUCUCCCAGAUUCCAUCCCCUUCCCCCAGAUUCCAUCCCCUUCUCCCAGAUUCUAUCCCCUUCUCCCAGAUUCCAUCCCCUUCUCCCAAAUUCCACCCCCUUCUCCCAGAUUCCAUCCCCUUCUCCCAGAUUCCAUCCCCUUCUCCCAGAUUCCAUCCCCUUCUCCCAGAUUCCAUCCCCUUCUCCCAGAUUCCAUCCCCUUCUCCCAGAUUCCAUCCCCUUCUCCCAGAUCCCAUCCCCUUCUCCCAGAUUCCAUCCCCUUCUCCCAGAUUUCAUCCCCUUCUCCUAGAUUCCACCCCCUUCUCCCAGAUUCCAUCCCCUUCUCCCAGAUUCCAUCCCCUUCUCCCAGAUUCUAUCCCCUUCUCCCAGAUUCCAUCUUCUUCUCCCAGAUUCCAUCCCCUUCUCCCUGA